AUGGAACUUCUCAAGAUUUCGAACCCAGAAAGAGACAGCUUCUUUCUUCCCCCAGAUGCUGUGUUGCUGACAGAUCUGCAGGUUCUCCAGGUAGACUUCUUGAGACAGAAGAACACCUAUUCUCACCACACAUUGGCGUACCAAACGAACAAGGUUGUGCUCCGGCGAGGGCAAAUGUUUCACCUGCGGCUGGUGCUGAACCAGCCCUUUCAAUCCUCGGAUAACCUGGAACUGCAGUUCAGCAUGGGACCGAAUCCUAACGUCUCCAGACUCAUCCUGGCAAAGCUCAAUAAGGAGGCAUCCUUAAGCAGUGAUCACUGGCUGGCGACCCUUCACAGUUAUUCUGGUACAGAGAUCAUAGUGGCUGUCACCAGCGCCCCCAAAGCCAUGGUGGGCAAGUACUUCCUGAGUGUGAAAAGUGGAAACCACCUCUUUAAGCCUGAAGAAAACAUCUUGUAUCUUCUCUUCAACCCAUGGUGUGAAGAGGACGUGGUUUUCAUGCCUGAUGAGAAGGAGCGAGCAGAGUACGUCCUCAAUGACACAGGCUAUGUUUAUAUGGGUUUUGCCGGAAAUAUCAGAGAAAAACCCUGGAACUUUGCUCAGUUUGAGAAAAACGUCCUGAACUGCUGCAUUACCCUGCUGAGCCAGAGCUUCGUCAAGCCUGAGAACACGUGGGACCCCGUGCUGGUGGGCAGGGCCUUGACUGCUGUGAUGAGCCCUCAGAAUGGACAAGGCCUGCUCAUCGGGAAUUGGUCGGGGAACUACCAGGGUGGCACACCCCCGCACGUGUGGACGGGCAGUGCCCCCAUACUGCAGCAGUACUAUGCCACGCAGAAGCCAGUGUCCUUCGGCCAGUGCUGGGUGUUCUCUGGGGUCCUGACCACAGUGCUGAGAGCAUUGGGAAUUCCAGCGCGCAGUGUGACCAACUUCAAUUCAGCCCAUGACACGGAAAAGAACCUCACGGUGGACAUCUACCUGAAUGAGAUGGGCAAGAAAAUUGUCAGUAUGAGCAAAGACUCUGUCUGGAAUUUCCAUGUGUGGACAGAAGGCUGGAUGAAGCGACAGGAUCUGCCCAAGGGCUAUGAUGGCUGGCAGGCGAUGGACGGCACGCCGCAGGAGCUUAGCGACGGAAUCUACCGCUGCGGGCCAUCGCCACUGACUGCUAUCCGCAGAGGUGACAUCUCCAUGUGCUAUGACACCAGGUUCCUCUUCUCAGAAGUGCAUGCUAGCAAGUACGUCUGGAUGGUGAAGGUGGUGAACGGGGAGAAGAAGUACACCGUCAUCUCAGUGGAGACCACAGAGAUUGGGAAACAAAUCAGCACCAAGGCGGUGGGCCAGGACAGCCGGAAUGACAUCACCAAUGAGUACAAGUUCCCAGAAGGAUCCUCUGAGGAGAAGGAGGCCACGGAACAUGCCUUCACCCUCCUCAAUUAUGAGAGGAAGUACAACCUCCCUGAAAAAAAGGACUUUCUUGAGAUGUCUGUCCAGGCAGAUCCUGUGCUGCUGGGAAACUCUGUUAAUUUCACCCUGAUUCUCAAAAGGACAACUGCUACCCAACAGAAGGUCAAAAUUGCAAGCUCCUUUGACCUGCAGAUGUACACUGGCAAGAUGGUGGCAAACCUGGGUGUCUUCCAUAAGACUGCACAGAUCCAAGGUCAAGAAUCCAAAGUGACUGUGACCUUGGACUGUCAUGCCUACAUGGGCAGCCUGGGUAUGAUUGAUGAUGAGCCCGUCAUUAAAGGUUUCUUUGUUGCGGAAAUUGUGGAGUCCAAGGAAAUGAUGACUUCUGAGACUUUCGUGUAUUUCCAGUACCCUGAGUUCUCUAUAGAGUUGCCUAACUCGGGCAAAGUUGGCCAGCCACUUACCUGCAGUUGUGUCUUCAAGAAUACCCUGGCCAUCCCUUUGACUAACAUCUUAAUCUUUAUGGAAAGCCUGGGCAUCUCCUCGCGGCAGACCUUUGACCAAGGGACGGUGCAUCCUGGUGAGAUCAUCCAGUUCUACAUAAAUUGUACUCCAGAGAAAACUGGACCCAGGAAAUUUAUCAUCAAGUUCACUUCCGAUCAAGUGAAAGAGAUUUACGCUGAGAAGCUUGUUCUCAUCACCAACUAG